GAGAGACGGAUUCGUCACUUCCGAAAUAAUGGCUGCCGUAGCUGGAUUACUGUUGAAUCGAGGCGCCGGAUUGUAUCGUAGGAAGAGUCUCCUUCUUCUUCUCGCGGGGCCUGUCGGCUCUCUGUCGCGGCAGGGUUCAGUGAGAAGCAACGGCUCCAACGCUGUAUACGAUGUGGUGGUGUCGGGCGGUGGCAUGGUGGGAGCCGCCAUGGCUGCUGCUCUGGGGCAUGAUGUUCAUCUCUCUGAUAAGAAAAUUCUACUACUAGAAGCUCGUCCCCAGAAAAAAAUUAAGCAUUUAUCAACAGAUUACAGUAAUAGAGUCAGUGCUAUCACACCUGGAUCUGCCACAUUUCUAAGUAGCUUUGGUGCAUGGGAACAUAUCUGCAAUAUGAGAAUCAAACCUUUUAGGAGGAUGCAGGUGUGGGAUGCUUGCUCUGAGGCCCUGAUCAUGUUUGAGAAUGAUAACCUGGAAGACAUGGGUUAUAUAGUAGAGAAUGAUGUUAUCAUGUCAGCUCUAUACAAACAGUUGGAAACAGUUUCAGACCGAGUGGAAGUUCUCUACAGGAGCAGAGCAGUUGGAUAUACCUGGCCCCUUCAUCAUCAAUCUUCUGACUCAAGUCCUUGGGUCCAAAUUGAUUUAGCAGAUGGACGCAGAUUUCAAACCAAAUUGCUGAUUGGGGCAGAUGGCCAAAACUCUUUGAUCCGGAAAGCAGUUGGUAUUCAGAAUAUUCAUUAUCAGUAUGAUCAAUCAGCAGUAGUUGCUACUCUUCACUUGUCUGAGGCAACCGAUAACAAUGUGGCAUGGCAGAGAUUUCUUCCAUCAGGACCAAUUGCUCUCCUGCCGCUCUCUGAUACAGCCAGCUCUUUGGUUUGGUCCACAUCACAUGAACAUGCACUUCAACUUCAGAGUAUGGAUGAAGAAAAUUUUGUGGACUCAGUCAACUCUGCUUUUUGGAGCAACGCAAAUCACUCGGACUUCAUUGAUACUGCUGCAUCCAUGUUUCGAUCUGCUGUUUCUCUCUUGAUGCCGUCGGGGACUGCAGCCCGACAGCUGCCCCCAAGUGUUGCAAAAGUCGAUCCUAAGAGCCGAGCUGUAUUCCCUCUUGGAUUGGGACACGCAACAGAAUAUGUCCAAGAUCGUGUAGCCCUUAUUGGUGAUGCAGCUCACAGGGUACAUCCUUUAGCUGGCCAAGGUGUAAAUAUGGGUUUUGGUGAUAUUUCAUGCUUGACAAAUUAUCUAAGUGCUGCAGCAUUCAAAGGAAAAGAUCUAGGUUCUUUAAGUCAUCUACUACAAUAUGAAGCAGAACGACAGAGGCACAAUCUUUCUCUUGUGGCAGCAACUGAUUUGUUAAGCAGGCUUUACUCUACAAAUAUGGCGCCUUUCGUGCUGCUGAGGACGUGGGGAUUGCAAAUAACCAAUGCUGUACCUCCGGUUAAAGAGCAGAUCAUGGCGUUUGCCAGUAAGUGACAACCUUGUGAAUCCAGAGGUACAUGCUCACUCAUGAUAGCUGGAUAUCUAUUUAUAUACUAUAGAGAAUUAAGGAGAUGUAUAAGAUUGUUAGAUUAACUUAUUCACCCUGAAGUUGCUGUUUCUUCCAGUGAAUAAAUUAUUUGGCUUUCUCUUAGAAUUCCAAAAACUAUCCAAUAGCACUCAAUUUUUUAAACUAUAAAACUGGCAUAGCAAUGGACUACUGCUGGAAAAAGUUUAUGAUCAUAGUAAAGAACAAGUAAAGGUUCACGUAUUGAACAAAGUACAACCUGCUUCUCAGCUCAUCAGCUUGUCCUCUUAUUGUCUUGGAGGGAACAACAUAGAUGAGGUAGUUGUUGCUUGCUGAUUAGAACCUUAAGAAGUAGAAUAGCUGAGUGAAUAUCAGUUACAGACUGCCAAAGAACAUUGUUGAAAUAGUUUUAUUAUUAAAACAAACAUUCAAAUGUGUCCUAGCAUUUUGUGUAACAAAGUUAAGUUUGAGAAUAUCCAUGUGUUACAGCACCAAUAAAAAGAAUAUGACUAAA